AGGGUUGAGGAGUUUGGGAACUGAGUGCGGCCUCUUCUCUAUGGUCGCGGGCUGGGGGACAGCGCCGCACUCGGUCCUAGGUUACCUUCGGAACUGAAGUCGCCACCUCCCCGCUUCUUCCGCGGGGAUCCGUUGCGGGGGGGGGGGGGGGGUGGGCAGUGGCCGCGUAGGACCCUGGACUGAAGGAAUGAUUCCAUGAUGCUUUAUUGCAGUUGCCUAAGUCUGAAAAUUUCCUUGUCUGUGGAUCUCAGAAUUUGCUAAGAGAUGGAAGAGCCUCAAAAAAAUGACCUGAACAUCGUGGGUCCAGAGAAAGAGGACCCUCUCGAAAGCACUAGCCCGCAGAUUUCUGUCAGUGAAUUCUCGUGCCACUGCUGUUACGAUAUCCUGGUUAACCCCACCACCCUGAACUGUGGGCACAGCUUUUGCCGGCACUGUCUAGCUUUGUGGUGGGUGUCGUCGAAGAAAACAGAGUGCCCAGAAUGCAGAGAGAAAUGGGAAGGCUUCCCCAAAGUCAACAUUCUCCUCAGGGAUGCUAUUGAGAAGUUAUUUCCUGAUGCCAUUAGAAUGAGAUUUGAAGACAUUCAGCAGAAUAAUGACAUAGUCCAAAGUCUUGCAGCCUUCCAAAAAUAUGGGAAUGAUCAGAUUCCUUUAGCUCCCAACGCAGGCCGAGUGAAUCAGCAGAGAGGAGGGGGCUUCUUUUCUGGAGUGCUCACAGCUUUAACUGGAGUGGCCGUGGUCCUGCUCGUCUAUCACUGGAGCAGCAGGGAGUCUGAGCACGAUCUCCUGGUCCACAAGGCUGUGGCCAAAUGGACGGCGGAAGAAGUUGUCCUCUGGCUGGAGCAGCUGGGCCCUUGGGCCUCCCUCUACAGGGACAGGUUUUUAUCUGAAAGAGUAAACGGAAGGUUGCUUUUAACCCUGACAGAGGAAGAAUUUUCAAGAGCACCAUAUACCAUAGAAAACAGCAGCCACAGAAGAGCCAUCCUCGCGGAGCUGGAGCGCGUCAAAGCACUAGGUGUGAAGCCCCCCCAAAAUCUCUGGGAAUAUAAGGCCGUGAACCCAGGCAGGUCCCUGUUCCUGCUCUACGCCCUCAAGAGCUCCCCAAGACUCAGUCUGCUAUACCUCUACCUGUUUGACUACACAGACACCUUUCUGCCCUUCAUCCACACCAUCUGCCCUCUGCAGGAUGACAGCUCCAGGGAGGACAUCAUCACCAAGCUUCUGGACCUGAGGGAGCCCACCUGGAAGCAGUGGAGGGAGUUCCUUGUCAAGUACUCCUUCCUUCCAUACCAGCUGAUUGCUGAAUUCGCCUGGGACUGGCUGGAGGUCCAUUACUGGACAUCACGGUUUCUCAUUGUCAAUGCCAUGCUACUCUCGGUUCUCGAAUUAUUCUCUUUUUGGAGGAUCUGGUCCAGAAGUGAGCUGAAGACGGUGCCUCAGAGGAUGUGGAGCCAUUUUUGGAAAGUGUCAACACAGGGGCUUUUUGUGGCCAUGUUCUGGCCCCUCAUUCCUCAGUUUGUUUGCAACUGUUUGUUUUAUUGGGCCCUGUACUUCAACCCAAUUAUUAACAUUGAUCUUGUCGUCAAGGAAAUUCGACGGCUGGAAACCCAAGUGUUGUGACUGGUGAAACCCCAGCUCCAAGAGACUCCUCAGACCUCCCAGAGCGGGGAGUGAGGGAGCAGACUUCCUGUUUUCUACCCCUGUAAAACAAGGUGCUGCUUUAUAUGCCAAAGGCUUCAACCAGGUCCUCUCCCACUGUGGCCCUGUGGUGGCAGAGACUGAUAACCAGCACAAGGAGGAAUCUCUGUUGGGCCGCAGCAGAAGCAGCUCCCACCAGCCACAUCUUCACCAGGACAUGGGAGCUCAGGACGAUGGCUGGCAGGACUCAGGGUCUUCGGAGGACACCGUGCAGGUGACGACCGGAGGCAUCACGUCAGCAGUCCCCUUCCCCCUCACUUCAGUGACUGGCAUGCUCCCAGAGCCUGAGGCCAGGCUUGCUGGGGCCGGGCCCAUCCUGUAAGUCAAGUUUAGGAAAACAGGCAUCGAAAUUUUGUCAUAGGCCUAGAUUGUCACGCAUAAAAAGUCCAGAGGAAAAUCCCGAGUUCAGUCACCGUCCUCUCCUGUUGAGUGGUUGUCAGCUUUUGCAGUGACCUGAGAAAGGGUUCGGCUGGAGAUGAGAACGACGGUGAGCUUGUCCUCACCAUUUGCUGCUCUCCGAUCACGGAGGGUUGGGCCCUUUCUCGGAGCAGAGGGGCUGAGUGGGGUGCCAGGCAAUUCUCGGAGCAUCAUUCCCAUCAGGCUGAGCUGCAUUGGCUACUUCAAAGCAUUGUUUUGGAGUGCUGUUGUUUUUAAGAAUUUAAUUUAUAAAAUAAGUCUGGGAUAGUCUUUGUUUAAGGAAGCACUUUCUAAAUUGACCGCACACUGUAUAACGUGUAACCUUUAUUGUUCUAUCUUGAUGUAUAAACACAGGUAGAAUUACAUCCAGGGCUAUGAUUGUAAAUAAGAGCAGGAUGAAGGAUGGCCUUUCAUUUCCAUCCAGCGUGAAAAUGGAAGUAUGCAGUGUGAUCUCAGCAAGAUUGGCCUUGCUAAAUAAGUCUGCAUCCAAAGUGUGUUUGUGACUCCACGAACCAUUCAUUAACCCUUUGUAUCUCUGCGUGAAGAUUUCACUCAAACUUUGCAUCUGAAAGUCUGAAGAAAUUACUUGAAAUAAAGAUUUUUUUAUACAGAUAAAA